AUGGCUCUCGAAGCGCUUCCGGCGUUCUCGCACGCCCCUUAUGCUGCCGGCCUCUUCUUCAUUGCCGUGUCUUACUUCGUCAUUUACCCUCUUAUCACAUACUUCAGAGAUCCCAAAGGUCUACGAAAAUUCCAAAAUUUCAGUCCACUUGCGGGUGCCUCCAACAUCCCCUUCAUGAUUUUGGCCCGUAAAGGAGCCCGAUCAACACAUCUCAUCAAGCUUCACAAAGAGAAGGGUCCCAUUCUCCGCACCGGACCCAACAGUCUCUCCUUCAGCGAUGUCCGCGCCAUCAAGGACAUUUACGGACAUGGAACGCCUUGCACCAAGGAUGAGUCCUACGACCUGACUGCCGGCUCCCACUUUCACCUCGCCGACGUCAUUGACAAGCACGACCACGCCAGGAAGCGUAAGGUCCUUUCCUCCGCUUACGCUUUGAAGAACCUCGAAGGAUGGGAACACAAGGUCGCGGACAAGGUCGAGAGGCUAUUCAAGCAACUCGACAAGCGCUGCACUGGACCGCUUCCCAAGGGUCAGAUGUUCCCUACGCCCGAAGACUUGACGGUUGACUACCGCAAAUGGACCAACUUCUUCACCCUUGACGCCAUCGCCGACAUUGGAGCAUCCGAGCGUCUCGGACUCCUUGAUCGCGGCCACGACAGAGUCCUCGCUCAGAAUAAGGACGGCUCCACCUGGGAGGUCGGCUUGCGUGACUCUCUGUACCCUACCGCACGCAAACAGUCCCAUCUUAUUUGGACCUAUGAAAACUACAAGCUUAUCGACAAGCUUUCCAACAUCAUUCCCUACUAUCGCAAGAUGACCGAGGCCUCCAAGGGCUGGGACGGCAUCGUGCUUCAGAUUUCUUCCAACCGACUCAAGCGCUACAACGCCGGCGAGAGGCUUGAUGACUUCUUCCAGGCGCUCAUGGAGAGCAAGAAUGGCGAACCCAACAACCUCGAAUGGGGCGAAAUUGUCGCCGAGAUCAACAUCAUGAUGAACGCUGGCAGCGUCACCACCGCGAUCGCCGUCACCAACGUCCUCUACCAGCUACUCAAGAACCCGAAGUAUCUCCAACGCCUCCGCGAAGAGAUCGACAGUGUCCUCGACGCCGACGAAGUCAUCGCCCCCUACGAUAAGGUCAAGCACCUUCCCUACCUCCGCGCAUGUCUCGACGAGUCACUCCGCCUCUUCCCUCCGACGCCGCAAGGUCUGAUGCGCAAGACUCCGCCAGAGGGAUCAUACAUUAUGGGCGAGUGGGUUCCUGGAAACACCACCGUUGCCAUGUCCAGUGUUGUUGCCCACCGCGAUGAAACUGUCUUCCCAGAUGCGGACAAGUAUCUUCCAGACAGGUGGCUUGGUGAGAAGGGCAAGGAGCUUCAACCGUACUUCCUUACUUUCUCCGCGGGUGCGCGAGGGUGCAUCGGUCGCAACAUCUCGUAUCUGGAGCAGGCUGUGCUAUUGGCUUCAGUCGUUCACAGAUACGAGUUUGCCUUGCCCAGAGACUUUGAGAUGCAACGGGAGGAAACGAUGAACUGGCUGCUGGGAGAGAUGCCAGUGAAGAUCUGGAGGCGCGAGUUGGAAAGUGAGGAACACUAG